AUGAGACGGUCUAUUAAGCGAAUCUGUUCUCCCACGCCCAGCUCCGACAACAAUUCACCUGUACGACCGUUGGGUAAGUUCUUACAUUGGGGUAUGGUUACUUGUGAGAGAUGGGGAAAAUAAUAGAUUUAGAAAAAUUGUGGUUAGGAGGAAAGAGGAUGAAUUUGAAAAUCUGAGGGUAAGAAGGGCAGGGGAAGAUUUGAAAGUUUGAUAGUAAGACAUGAAGGGGAAGAUAAAACUUGAGAAUAAGCAGAAAAGAGGUGGACAUGAAAACCUCAGAUUAGGCGGAGGAGAAGAAGCAUAUGAAAACCUAACACUAAGUUAGAGUAAAACUAAGUUUUUUGUUUUAAGAAGGCCUAACAAUUAAAAGUGUUUUUUCCAUUUUAAUAAUUAAAAUAUAUAUGUGACCAUCUAGACUUAGUAUUUUACAAAAUCUAAGCUAAAAUAUCUUUAGAAGAAGACCAGAUUCGUACCGUGCUACGAGAGCUUCGUACUCGCAAUGUGAACUUGGAUAUGGACUUGGCUCGACUGGAGCGAAUGAUACGAUCAAAUGACCCACUUGUGCAGGAACUUGUUGAUCAGGUGAAGCUUUUGUCUAUUACGCUAAAGCUUAUUUAAUUUUUUUUUAAAUUAUGAAAUUUAAAAUUUUUUUGUAGUAUCGAGACAGUGUGUGUUGAUAUUAAGUUUGAACGUUUUGUAAAAUACGAAUAAGAAGCUUUUCUUGUUUCUACCAUUUUUUAAUGUUAUCCAUUUUUCAGAUUCGAAUCCACUCCAAAAUGAGUCCACGGCUUCAACGCCGUGUGGAAAGUGUCGGAAGAUUGUAG